AUGUCCAAACUUGAACCCACUGAGGGUCAUAGAGCUAUACAGAAGUGCAAAUACCAUGACAUAGACAAGAUUAUCUCAUUUUUUCCCGGUAAUGAAUAUUACGAUCAAUCCAAAUUAAGCAACUAUUUGAACAAUGGCAACAGCAACAACAACAAACCAUGCAGCGACGACAUCUUUCCAAAUGAUGCUAACGGCUUUGGUGCACAUCUGUUUAAAAAUGGCCACACUAGCUACAAAGACAGCCUCAACUCAAACACUACGUACAUCUACCAAGAUUGCUUGCUUCAAAUUAGUAGCUGGAACGUCGGUGCAAUGUGGUUCAACACAAUUGUUGAUGACUGUCCGGACCAUCCAGUGAUUGUUCAAUCGGAAAUCAUUAAAGAAUCUUUCAAGUUGCUUGAGCCAGAGUUCAUGUUUAACCUAACUCAAUGGAAGAACCCAAAACGCGAGUCAGAUGUAUCACGACAAAUAACAAACGCUUUUUGGGUUCUACCAUUGAGUUAG